AGGGAACCGACCACCAUCCCACCAAAUCGAGGUAAAAUCGCAUAACCUUUUCGACAGUAAGGUGAGAUCAUUAUCCCACCCCGUUCAAGAUAUUUAUCUCAAAGUCUGCUCGCAUCACACAGCCCUUCCGAUCCCAAUAUGUAUCCCGGGAGGACCUACGUACGAGGCUUUUUGUCCGGUCCUCCGCCCUUGAUCUCCCACUCUUGACCAAUCCAGCCACUUCACACAAGACACGAAUCUUGCAUGCAUCGAAGAUCGGCUAAUGAUUGGAGUAAACGGCUUGUUCCGUUCAGCAUAAAAAGUCAUGUUUUCUCACUCGCAUCUCAAGCAAAUUUUUUGGGCUCUGGUCCCGAUUGAAGUAUCGUUUAUGCGCUGGCUGGAGCUAUGGCUUAGCAGCCCCUGUGCUUUGGGGUUCGCAAUUACGGGCUUUCAAUGCGUUGCUUGAUUGGCAGAUUGCUCUGCCAAUCCUAUCCCCUGCUGGCAUGAAAUUCCCAUGCAACGGUGUUAGUGAUGUGUUAUGCAAUGCGGCAGGAUGCAUGCAAACAAUGGAGUUCUGCGAGCACCGUUACCAACAUGUAAGGCCUACAGCUGAUAAAGGAGGCUGGGGAUGUCGGACGCAGAGUUGCGAUCAUACCAUCGACGGGGCUUCAACUCGCGCGAGACCCGCCCAACAUUAUAUAAUGGUAUGAUACCCUAUACUCGAGCAAGCGGACCCCCCCGUGUGCAUGAGGACGGUGCAACCAGAAAGGAUCAAAAACGACCGGAGGGCCCUAGAGAUUAGAGGUCUGGGGACUAGGUUCCUGAAUGGCUAGGACGCUGCAGACCGAACCAUAACCCUGGGUUCUUAAUGGCUUCUCUUGUUCCGUUGAUAUCUCACACUUCAGGGCUUUGGGACGAGGGGUACCGGCAGUCAUGGGUCACGGUCACUGCGGAAUCCGUUCCACCUUGUACCGUCGUCGUUACUACUAAAUUUUGCGGAUAACAGGACAAGAGCCUUCAAGAGAUCGAUUGUUUAUACCAUCUAUCAAGGUUACCUCCACUCCAGUGUUAAAUCCAUAAAGUAUCACAAGUGUGCAGAUAACGGACCCGCUGUUAACGUGCAACACAACGCUCUGUCUGUGGAAAGCAUGGGUCCUGCUAUCCCACGAAGCGAUCAGUCCCAUACUGCUGCUGGAAAACCAUGAUGCUAGCACGGAUCCGCGAGAGCCGGGUUCGAUAGGGGUCACCCAAACACCUGCCCCCGUAUACCGGUGCGUGUUCUCAGAAAUGAUUACGCAUACCAAUUUCCCUCCAUCCGAGCUCUCUCCUCCAUCAACCUACCUGCCCUUCUUUGCAUCUCGUCCUCCAUCCCCCCCAUUUUCACAGGUAUAAACGCGGAGACCAGGGAAGCAAGAACAGUGGCCGAAAUCAGAAUGAAUUCUUCUACAGGGGGCGAAAAGGGCUCGGCGCAUCUCUCCUAUUCUCUCAUUCCUUCCACCUCCAUCGCACCUCCUACCCAACCUGCCUAUAUGCCCCACCCACCUCGCACAAGCCAAUCAAUUGAAUCUAACCAGUCCAUAUUCAUCUGCCCCUAUACUCUGGGCACAGUUCCUGCGACCCAAGUCGAUUCCGUCUCAGACGGGUUGACCCCAAACCCGAAGCUUCUAGCACCACUUCGUUUCUUCGGGGUUGAGCAUCCCAUGCUACCUCCACCCGGGACUCGCCCGUCGAGCAAAAAUCCGAUAGUCAACCCGGUUCCAGUUACCCUAGGGCUAUUUCCAGACAACUAUUGCUGCAGGAAGAAGAACCCGCCCGUGCUUUUGGUUCACGCUGCCAGGAACCCGUUCCGCCCUGGUCAGGAGGACGUUCUGGGCCUUCUUACGGCUGACACAAGUACGAUAGACCUCACUUCCCCCUUUCCCUUUCAGAAACAGUGCUCCACUGUCUAUUGAUCCCGGCUUCUGACACCGCCCGCAGCUCAAGAAUGUCCCUCUUAUUGCCCUGGGGUGAUCCACUUUUGGCACAAAACCAGUGUCUCCUACCACCUUAGCAUCCUGAGACAACUCGAAGCCCAAGGCAUCCUCGCAAGAACCGGAUACACCCUUGCCGAACCAUGUGCUCAAGAGGUUAGAGUUCUUCUUCCAGAUUUUGCCUGCUCAAGGGUUUGUUGGGGCUGUGGGAUCUGGGAGCAAUUACGAUCUCCGGAUGUAAACGGUACCAGACAUUAUGGUAGGCUCAAGAGAUGCCAGGGGUGUGGACAGAGCUACUUUUGCAAUAUUGAUUGCCAGAGGAGUAUGUUUUGGGAAGAUAUUAACUAUAUUUUUCGCGGGCCAUGGCUAAUACGCAGAUACCGGUAUAGAAAGUUGGCAUAAGCACUCACUUUAUUGUAUCGCUAUGAAGGGGUAUUACAACUGGGAUCCUGAUAGGGGUAAGCGGGGAGCUGCCCCCAAUAUCCCAUAGGCACAUUUCGUAUCCCUGGGUGACACGCUCUUUGUAAGAACCUGAGGAAUGAGCGGGCAUUUUUUUUUUAAGAAGUUCAUACCUUCUCACUCGGCAAGAUACCCGAGCAGUUGCUUAGUUUUUGUUACCUUCUCAUUCCCUCUCGGGCAUGUACAUGUUACUUACUGUCUUGUUCAUCUUCUUCGUGAUAGAAAGGCGUCGGCUUUUGGCACAUGUUUUUUCUAACACAAAGCUGCGAUAAUGAUAGAGUUAUUUCUUGUCGUUAAGGCUAGGCUAUGGUAGGUUGAUGAUUUAAUGAAAUGUGACCUCUCCAAAUUCUGACGGAACUCCAAAAAUGCCAACAAACAAACGUGUCGCUGU